UAGACGUUUGAAGCCUUAUAAAUCAAAUCCCCUUCUCUCUUUCCAUUAUUUCUUCAUUUCUCGCAAUGGCAGUAACGAGCCUCCUCGUCUCUUCACUCCCUUCGACUGCCUUUCUCCUCAAAAACCCUAAUUCCUCCUCUCUCCUCCUUAGUUUCUCCCCAAUCUCCAUUUCCAUCUCCAGCAGACCUAAUCCCAUCGCCCUUCGGUCCAUCUCCCCUUCUGCCGCAUCCACUGUCGACUUCGCCGUCCCCGCUAAAACGAGCCGCCUUGAUGCUGCUCCCGGAAGAAGCGACCUUCUCGACAUCUCGAAGCUCGGCAUCGCGGAGGAGAUCGUCACCUCUCUCUCGCGACGAGGGAUUACUGAGCUCUUCCCGAUUCAGAGAGCAGUGUUGGAACCAGCCAUGCAAGGCCGUGAUAUGAUAGGAAGAGCUAUUACGGGAUCUGGGAAAACUCUGGCCUUUGGUAUUCCCAUAUUGGACAAAAUCAUUAAAAACCGUACUCAGAGCAGGCAAAAAAGAGUUCCCUCUGCUCUGAUUUUGGCGCCUACUCGUGAACUAGCACGCCAGGUGCAAAAGGAAUUCAAAGAAUCUGCACCACAUUUGAGCAGUGCCUGCCUCUACGGAGGAAUGCCAAUCAUGAAUCAAAUGCGUAUGCUUGGGUUUGGUAUAGACAUUGCAGUUGGCACUCCUGGCAGGAUUAUUGACCUGGUUGAAAGGGGUGCCUUGGAUCUAUCGGAAGUGAAGUUUGUUGUGCUAGAUGAAGCUGACCAGAUGUUGGCUAUUGGUUUCCAAGAUGACGUCGAGCGUAUUUUAAGUUACUUACCUGCAAAGAAACAAUGCAUGCUAUUUUCAGCAACAAUGCCUUCAUGGGUUAAUGAGCUGUCAAGGAAGUAUUUAAGGAAUCCUUUGGUAAUUGAUCUGGUUGGUGAUUCAGAUCAAAAGUUAGCUGAUGGCAUUUCUCUCUAUUCAGUUGCCUCAACUGCUUCUAGGAAGCCAAAUAUUCUUCCUACUUUGAUCACCAAAUAUGGGCAAGGAGGAAAAAGCAUUGUUUUCACAAAAACAAAGAAAGAUGCUGAAGUACUUUCAAGAUCAAUGGGUGGUCUCCUUGGGAGUCGAGCAUUGCAUGGAAACAUGCAGCAGUUUCAAAGGGACAGAACUCUUACUGCUUUUCGUGAUGGACGGUUCAAUGUUCUGGUUGCCACUGAUGUUGCAGCUCGUGGACUUGAUAUUCCUAAUGUUGACCUGGUUGUUCAUUUUGAAAUACCAAACACAUCUGAGAUUUUUGUUCAUCGAUCUGGCCGAACGGGACGUGCGGGGAAGAAGGGAACAGCAGUUCUUAUCUUCACUGAGAGUCAGCGCCGUGCAGUCAGGUUUAUUGAGCGGGAUAUUGGCUGCAAAUUUGAAGAGCUGCCAAGAUUCAAAGAUGACGUGAGGAGCAUAACAGGGAUUAUGGAUGUGGAAGAGAGCCAUUAUAGGAGACAUGAUGACUCGCUAGGAGACCGCGUUGGGCAUUCUGAUCAUCGCCGCUUUGGAAAUUUUGCGGGAUCUCGAGGACAAAACUAUGGCUAUACUAGUGAGACUAGAGGCCGGCGUUCUAAUGCAUUCAGCCAGUCAGAUGGAAACUUUGAAGGUUAUGGAAGCUCCAGAAGGAACCACUAUUCAAGGAAUCUAGGGACAAGGCACAAUCAUUCUGCAAAACCCGGAAGAACCCAGUUGCCCAAUUAUGAUGACUUUGAGAAUAACAAUUUCACUAGGAAUGCAAGUGCUCGUUCGAAUAGCUCUGGGCGGCGUUCAAGAUCUACAGUUUCAAAAUAUGAGACGGGAUCAUUUACCUCCGAAAGAAACUAUGAUAAUGACCUGGAUCUAAUGGGGGAGAAGAGACGUUCUAGAAUUUCCAACAGCAGCACCGAUGAUUUCAAGCAGAUACUCGAUGCGCUUAGGGAUCACUCGUGAUUCCGAAGAAAGCCAAAAGUCUCAGCUUAAUUUGAUUCUUGAUGACUUGAGUGUCAGGAUUCAUGGAGCAGCAUGGCUGUUGACUGUGGCAUCUUUGCAAACUCUGUAUCUUCCAUCUUUUAGAUGCAUCCACCAAAAUGAAGUUUUGCAUUUUGCGAGUCCCAGCAUUUGCGCAAAUAGAGAGAUAUCUUUGGCAGUGGAUGAGGAUGUUGGUCGUUGAGGUGAUGCUUCUCACUCAAGAUCCUCUUCCAGACUUCUGCCCCUCGGGCUGUUAUAUCAUCAUGAUCCUCCCAUCUAUUGUUCAUCAUUUAUAUCAAGUGUCUGAAUUACAGAUUGAAAACGGCUGCUGAGAGCUUUGUUUAUUGGUUGAAUUGCAAAAUGGUGGCUUCAAAAGAAAGUGAUAUACAGUGAAUUUCUCAUUGUUUCAUGAAUAUCAUAGGUGAUUCCAACUCUUACAAUUGCUCAAUUGAUUGAUUUUCACUA